UGGGGUGUCACGAACCGUAUUCUACAUUAUUUAUUUAUUCCGCUCUCGUAGUCGAGGAGAAAGAAAACGAGAGAUGCGGGAAUAAAGAAAGAGAUCUAAUUCCCCAGCCAAAGGAAGGAGAACCCGCGAAGAAUCGAGUGCAUGGCGGGGUUCUCCUCUUCCUCCUCCUAAAUCUUCCCCUUUCCUCCUCUUCUCUUCCAAGUCUCUCACUCUCUAUCGAUGAAGCCCUAGAUUUCUUCAGAAUUAGGUUUUGGUCGGUAGGAAUUUGGUACUGUGAGGGGUAGGAUUUGGGAUGGGGGCCUGGGUGUCGAGUAUGGAUGGGAGAGAGCGGCCGACUGGACUGGGGGACUUGCCGGAGAGCUGCGUGGCGGAGGUGCUGGUCCGACUUGAUCCGCCGGAGAUUGGGCGGUUCGCACGGCUCAGCCGCACGUUCCGGGCGGCGGCGUCGGCUGAUUUCGUGUGGGAAGCAAAGCUGCCUGCUAAUUAUAGGUAUUUGAUGGAGAAGGCGCCGGGGGAGGAGAGUUCCAAGCAUGGGUUUGGCCCAAGAGAGAUAUUUGCGAAGCUCUGUCGGCCGAAUCGCUUUGAUGCGGACACCAAGGAAUUCUGGCUGGAGAAGUACACAGGUGGGUUCUGCAUGUUGAUCUCAUCAAAGGCGUUAACAAUUACAGGGAUCAAUGACCAGAGAUAUUGGAACUAUAUCCCUACCAAUGAAUCUAGCAUCGAAUUUGUUGCUGUAUAUCAGUAUUCAUGGAUCGACAUACGGCAAAUUAUAUGGUUCUUAAUAGUCAUAUGUGGCACCUGAAGACAUUCAUUGGACUGUUUUUGUUGUUUAGAUUCUUGUGGUCAUAUAUCUCUAUGCUCUAUUUUGUCACAAGCUUCAGUUUCCUAUUUUUUUCAAACCCCUAUAUUGUUGGGGGCUUCUACAUAUGUUUUUAUUCUCGUUCACAGAACUCUUUAUUGUUGCAUAAUCAUUAUUAGCAACUUUUUGGCUUAACUAUGACAUAUUCUGGCUUCCUUUUUCGGAGGUCAGUUAGUUGCUGGUCACCUAGUAUCUGGUUAUAUAGUAAGGAGCCACUUACUGUCUGCUCACCUCCCUACUUGCGUAGGAGAGUCAUAUCUCAAGCUUUUGUUUUUCGUGUAUUUCCUUCCUUUUCUUUUUUGUUUUUGUGAUCAUUUUUCUUUUUUUCCCCUUCUCACUCCAUGUUAUCACACUUGCUUUUGAAAAAGCUCUACAAUGUCCAGACUUUAAUGCAUGCUUCUGUAUUGAUCUGAUUAAUAUUGUUUUUUUUGGUCCUAUUCUCAUCUCUAUCCUUUAUCUUGCAGCAGAUCCAUAGUCUCAUCAGGUUUCUUUGGAUUUUGUCUAAUGCCCUUUUUUGCCCUCCCCAUAUUUUAUUUUUGGUUUCUGUCUCUAUAGUGUGUGGGUUUUCUUGUGUUGAGAUUUUUAAUUAUUAAGUAGGUUUUUGACUACAUCGUGAGUGCCCAAUUGGAUCAACUCUUCUUCCUACAUACACUAGCAGGACAUGAGUAGCAAUUCAUCUAGUAUGAGUUUCCUUGCUUUACAUUUUUUUCCUGGUCCUCUGAAAUAUUGGGGAUCCAGGGAAAAGAUUCAUUUGCAUCGUUGAAGAUAAGUAAAGUAGGUUCUGUUUCUAUAUCUUGAUAUUUCAAUUCUGU